UUUCUUUUCUCUUUUUUUUUUUCCUUCUUUCCUUUCUUCCCCAGUUCUCCACACUUUCCUUUUUAUUUUUUAUACAUUUUUUUUAUUUUUUUUUUCGAGUUAUGGCAACUGAACAAGGUCCAACCUUAAGAACCUCUCCUUCUUCAACUAAUAUUUAUAGUAGAUAUCAACUACCAUCUUCAUCUACUACAACUACAGCUACUACCGCGAGUAUUAUAUCAGAUAAAGAUGAUGACAUGGUUGUUGAUUAUAAACGAAGCUAUACUAUCGACAAUCUAAGUUCACUCGCCUAUUUUACGUCUACAGAUAUAUUACAUCCUGAAUUGACUCCUUCAGCUGCCAUUCGAGAUAGAUACUAUCAAUCAACUCGCUAUUUGCAAAACAAUAGUGACAUGGAUGAGGAGGACAUUAUAUAUGAAGAGGAUCAUAUCGCUGGUGACAUUCUUGAUUAUCGCCCUGGCGAAAGCGAACUUUGCACAAAACCAGAAGGUGCUCCAAGUAUCUAUAGCGUCGGUGACUCUGUCAUCUCACUACACACAGAGUAUAAUGAUGAUGCCAAUUCUAUUACCAGUAUUCGAACCGUCGAUGAUCGCUUACAAGGAAGAUCCACCACAUUGGGAAGCAAUCUGAAUUCAUUCGCUGUCAAAACUGCUAAAAAGGUAUCAAGAUCCGGAACCUUAUUUCGUUCGAAAAACGGUCAAUCGAAAUCAGAAGAAAAGAAGAAGCUGGAGCCCUUUGUACCUGUGCGUGAUAAUUACUCUAGAACUGAUAACUCAAGUGUAAAGACAACCGGAGGCAUGAGCUUACUGUCCAAACUGUCAAAGUCAACCGCACCUAUGCGAGCAAAACUAUCCGCUCUCUCUGCAUUUUCUUCAAGUAAGAAAAAAGAACAGGACAAGGGGAUAUGUGUGUAGAGUAAUAACCUUAAUUAUAGAACAUUCUCGAGAUCAUCAUUCAUUAUCAUUCAAUGGAAGGAAACGCGUUGCGGAGAGUGUUUAUAAUAUGCCGGUCUCAGUCCCGUCUUCAGUGACGUUGACUAGACCUCUGUAUGGACCUCGCAUGAACAGCAACGGAUCUCACUCGAGCACACAUCAUUUUCCUCGUUCUCUAUCUGCCUCAUCCUCUGCUUCAUCUUCUUCCACUGCCAAUAUGAUCGUGUCAUCUACCCUCGUCGAAGAGCCAGCUUCACUACCCAUGAUCAAAGAACGUCUGCCAUCGAUCUACCCAGCCCUGUUAUCAAAAGUAGCAGAAGCUUUCAAAGAAUCCAUCGUUCUUUCAACCAAGACAAAAGAUAGUAUCAAGUAUAAAGAUGUUUUUGAUGGCAAAGAAGCCGUGGUACGUUUUCUCUUGGGGGCACAACGGGAGCCAAGUGUAAACUC